AUGAGGCACCUCUUCCUGCUUCAGGCCGUCGGCCUCUUCUUCGGGCUCGGCAAGGCCGCUCCUUCGCCUGUCGAUGUUGAUGUUGUUGCUCCCCGCGAACUUGCCAAGCGUGCUCCUACCUGCAACACCCCUUCCAACAGGGCUUGCUGGUCCGAUGGCUUCGACAUUAACACCGACUACGAGGCCAGCAUCCCCAACACUGGUGUCACUCGCAGUUACAACUUCGUCAUCAGCCAGUUUGAAAAUUGGGUGGGCGGUGAUGGAGUUGAAAAGAAGGUCGCCAUGCUGAUCAACGGCCAGUUCCCCGGUCCCACAGUCAGGGCUGAUUGGGGCGAUUGGAUUGAAGUCACCGUGACUAACAACCUCACUUGCGACGGAACUUCUCUUCACUGGCAUGGCAUUCGUAUGCAGAAGAACUCUGUCAAUGAUGGUGCCAAUGGUGUCACCGAGUGUCCUCUUCCUCCCGGGGAAACCAAGACUUAUCGAUUCCGGGCUGAACAGUACGGAACUGGAUGGUAUCACUCUCAUUAUUCUUCUCAGUAUGCAAACGGUCUUCUUGGCACCCUGGUUAUCGACGGUCCUGCUUCGCUUCCUUAUGAUGAGGACCUUGGUGUUUUCCCCAUCAACGAUUGGUAUUAUGGCGACGCUGAGGAGCUCGCCCGCGGAUUAAUCCCACCUCCUGGUGCCGCUCCUGCUGCCGACAAUGUCCUCUUCAACGGAAGUCACGUCAACGCCAACGGCGGUGGUCAAUAUUCCCGAGUCAUUCUCAAGCCUAACAAGCGCCAUCGACUUCGAUUGAUCAACCCGUCCGUCGACAUUCACUACAGCGUCUCCCUCGCAAACCACGACUUGACUGUUAUUUCCACCGACUUCGUGCCCGUGAAUGCCUUCACCACCCAGUCCAUCUUCAUGGCUCCCGGCCAGCGAGUUGAUGUCACCAUCGAUGCCUCCAAGACUCCUGAUAACUACUGGUUCAACGUCACUUUCUCGUCCGGCCCCUGCGGAGCCUCGCGUAUCGCCAAGCCGGCCGCCAUUUUCCAGUACGAAAAUGCUUCUCAGGGUAUCCCUACCAGCCCUGGUACGGCUCCUGCCGACCCGUUCUGCCAGGACAACACCAGCUUCAGCCCCGUCAUCUCCCGCACAGUCCCCUCUGGCUCCUUUGGUGUUAGUGACAACAACACCAUCGACAUCGAGUUGGUUCAGAAGCCCUGGGAGGAUGUUCCCAACCGUGUGUACUGGAACAUCCAUGGCCAUGACAUGAACGUCACCUGGGAGAAUCCCACUCUCGAGUAUGUUGCCAGCGGAGACUUGACCUUCCCCGAGAGGUUCAACAUUUAUACCGUUGAGAAGGACAACGGUGCCUGGGCUUUCUGGCUUAUCGAAAACACCAGCGUCCUUCCACAUCCCAUGCAUCUUCAUGGUCACGACUUUUACGUCCUCGGCCACUCCGACCCGCCCGCGAACCCCUUCACGGCGCCCAUGACCCACUUCACCCCGUCGUCGGAUCUCUCCAGGCUCAAGUGGAACAACCCCACCCGCCGUGACACCACCUUGCUUCCCGCCAGGGGCUGGCUCGUACUUGCCUUCCGCGUCGAUAACCCCGGCGCGUGGCUCUUCCACUGCCACAUCGCCUGGCACGCCGGCCAGGGUCUCAGCCUUCAGUUCCUCGAGAGCGUCGCCGAGAUUCCCGCGACCGUGGAUCUCGCGCAGCUCGAGCCUACUUGCACCAAGUGGACUCAGUACUACGCCACCUCUCAGUGCAAGCAGUGGGAUUCCGGCUUGAAGAAGUUCUAA